AUGGCGUUACAACAAAUUUUGAAGGUAGAAGAGAAGAAUUUUUCUCUAGUUGGAUUUUCAAUCUUCUCAACUAUUUCUUCAAUAGGCUCUUCUUCUGUUCGUGAGGUUGGAGUUGUUGGACCUCGCCGCCAGUCUUCUGAGAAUUCUGGUAAAUCCCCAUCUUCGCAAAGCUCAUCCUUAUCAAUUAUACAAUCAGGACGAGAAGGCCACUCCAGGGAAUCGACCCGACCCUUUAGUGCUAUUUCUAAGGGUGACCAACCUGGUCAAAAUAUGGCAACUGAAACUGCCAUACCAGUUCCUUCUCCGAGCAGAUCUUUUUCGAGUAAUCAGCAUGGUAGCAGACCUCAUCAACAUUAUAAGUUUGCCCUGGAAAUUAGUGUUACAUUUUACCAGAGUCGAAAGUAUGGAUGUCUGAACACCUGCAAUUUAGGAAUCUUGUUAAGCAGAUUAAAUGCGAAAGGAACUGGCAAAAUACUUACCGUGAGUCAUGUUUAUGUAGCUCUUCAGCCCAACAAGGAGUGGAAACCAAAAUCAACCUUGAAACCAAAUGCCAACGGACCUGGGGUUAUUGGUACUCCUCCAAAAAUUGUUUCUCCUCCUGCUGACAAUUCUGAAGACUUAAAAACAGAAGCAACUCAGAUGCAAGAUAGAAUGUUUCAAUUGAACAUCUCUGAGAAUCAGAACGUGAUCAUAGCUGCACAUAUUCGUGUCUCUGAUGCAGACAGAUGUCGGCUGAUGUUUGGCAGCUUGGGGACAGAAUUUGAAUCUUCAAGAGAUGCAGUUUUCCACACAGUUGAGGGUGCUGAGGAAUCAAGUACUGAAGCUUCCCUAAGUGUGUCAGCCUCGGUGCCAGAAUAUUCUACUGAGGAUCCUGCUGGUGGCAAACAGUUAGAAUUGAUGGAUGGCCACAUCCGCAAUUCUGGAUCUAACUCUCCUGCAUCGGUUGCAAUGUCUGAUCAUCAAUCGUCUGAGCAGAGAGAGUCUUCGAGUCCUGAGAACUUGGACAACUAUGCUGAUGUUGGGUUGGUUCGGAACAACAGCCCUUCUUAUUCUCCGGAGCUGCUACAAACGCAAGAUACUUCUGCAUUGCCGAGCUUUUCAUCAUAUGAAACCCAGAUGGGAUAUGAUAUGCCAUACUUUCGGCCACUGGUUGAUGAAACAGCUAGGGGGCCUGGUUUACUGUCUCAACAGGAGGUAUUGGGGCAUACAGCGAACAGCAGUCCUGCGUCCUCUAUUGCCAUGGUCCAACAGCAACAGCAGGUGGUACAACAGCAACAGCAGCAACAGCUUGCCCAGAUGUACCCCCAAGUUCAUGUCCCUCAUUUUACCAAUCUUAUGCCAUAUCAUCGGCAGUUCAUUUCUCCUGUCUACGUUCCUCCAAUGCCCGUUCCUGGUUACUCUAAAUGA